GAAAGGGAAACAGAUCACUUCUAUUUAUAUUCCUUUUACCAGUAACAACUUCCUUUGGUGUAAAGUAAUCUGUCUGGUGAAUCACUUUUACCUGAAUCACCCUUCAGAGAUCCACACCAAUCUGUCAUUAAGUGAACUAACUAAUAUAGAACCAUAUAACUUGGACUUGGUUUUUUGUUUAUUUCCUUCUGUCAGGACCCGGUUACGAACCCGGGUCUCCGGUGUGAGAAACAGUCACUUAACCAACUGAGCCACGAAUAGUCAGCAGAACCCAGAAGAUGAGGCAGACACAGCAGUACUUGAGACGGUGUAUUUAAUAAAGUAAAAAGUGAAGUCCUUCAGGAAAACAUGUAACUCCACAAGCUCAAAAGGAAUUCCACAAGAACAAGGCAAUCCACAAGGUAAUCCUCCAAGACAAAAAGGCAAAUCAACAAGGUGGUAGGUAUAGCACAAAAAGCCUCAAAAGAUACUCAAAAAUAAAUAAACAAGAACAAAAAACAGAAUUCCACAAGAGCGUCCACCGGGAUCAACAAGAACACACAGAACACUAGGGCUGGGUGCUAACAUACAAACACAGAGCAAAGAACUGAGGGAAACAAAGGGUUUAAAUACAAUCAGGGGAAACUAGGCACAGGUGCAAAUAAUAAUGGGGAUCAAGGGAAAGCAAAAGGUCAAAAAGCACAAUGGGGGCAUCUAGUGACCAAAAACCGGAACAACCCUGGCCAAAUCCUGACACCUUCUAUAUAUUUUGACACACUUAUUUGUGGUCAGGGAGGGAAUUCCUUAAAAUUGGGGACGAUAUGGCCAUGUGGAGAGGAGAUUACUUUACUACUUCUGCUGUGGCACGAAGAAUGGGUCUAUUAGGGCCACGGAAUGGCAGAAUCUACAUCAUGUACCAUGGCACCUCUUGGUGGGCUGCACAGAAAAUCAUGGCCAAAGGUUUUUGUCCGUCCAAGUGUGGCAUGUUGGGGCAGGGUGUGUAUCUAAGCCGGGACCUGGAGAAGGCUAGUAGAUACCCCCUGGACCUCACUGAACACCAGAAGGUUGUCAUCAAAGUUAAAGUCAAUGUGGGCAAGGUGAAAACAAUAGACCGCCAAAGCCACCCUUUGCAGAAGACAUGGCAUGACGAAGGUUACGACUCAGCCUGGGUUCCUCCUAACUGUGGCAUGGUGAAGAGUGGUUUAGAAGAGACCUGUGUCUGGGACCCAAACCGCAUUACUGUUUUAGACACCAUCAAAUCAAAAACAGAACCCACCUUACAAAGUGAGGACACUGAUGAGGAAGAGGAUGGGGAGGAUGAAGAGGACACUGAGGAUUUGUGGUCAGGGAGGGAAUUCCUUAAAAUUGGGGAGGAUAUGGCCAUGUGGAGAGGAGAUUACUUUACUACUUCUGCUGUGGCACGAAGAAUGGGUCUAUCAGGGCCACGGAAUGGCAGAAUCUACAUCAUGUACCACGGCACCUCUUGGUGGGCUGCACAGAAAAUCAUGGCCAAAGGUUUUUGUCCGUCCAAGUGUGGCAUGUUGGGGCAGGGUGUGUAUCUAAGCCGGGACCAGGAGAAGGCUAGUAGAUACCCCCUGGACCUCACUGUACACCAGAAGGUUGUCAUCAGAGUUAAAGUCAAUGUGGGCAAGGUGAAAACAAUAGACCGCCAAAGCCACCCUUUGCAGAAGACAUGGCAUGACGAAGGUUACGACUCAGCCUGGGUUCCUCCUAACUGUGGCAUGGUGAAGAGUGGUUUAGAAGAGACCUGUGUCUGGGACCCAAACCGCAUUACUGUUUUAGACAUCAUCAAAUCAAAAACAGAACCCACCUUACAAAGUGAGGAUUCUGAUGAGGAAGAAGAGGAGGAAGAGGACACCGAGGAUGAGGAAGAAGAGGAAGAGGGGGUGGAGGAAGAGGAGGAGGAGGAUUAUGAGGAAGAGGUGGAGGAUGGAGAGGAGGAGGAGGAGGAUUAUGAGGAAGAAGGGGUGCAGGAAGAGGAGGAGGAGGAAGAGAAUGAGGAUUAUGAGGAAGAGGAGGAAGCGGACGGGGACACUGAGGAGGAGGAGGAGGAGGAGGAUUAUGAAGAAGAGGGGGUGCAGGAAGAGGAGGAGGAGGAAGAGAAUGAGGGUUAUGAGGAAGAGGAGGAAGCGGAUGGGGACUCUGAGGAGGAAGAUGAGGAGGAGGGGGAGGAGGAGGGGGAGGAAGAGGAGGAUUAUGAGGAAGAGGAGGAAGCGGAUGGGGACUCUGAGGAUGAGGAGGAGGGGGAGGAGGAGGAGGAUUAUGAAGAAGAGGGGGUGCAGGAAGAGGAGGAGGUGGAAGAGAAUGAGGGUUAUGAGGAAGAGGAGGAAGCGGAUGGGGACUCCGAGGAGGAAGAUGAGGAGGAGGGGGAGGAAGAGGAGGAUUAUGAGGAAGAGGGGCUGCAGGAAGAGGAGGAGGAGAAGGAGGAAGAGAAUGAGGAUUAUGAGGAAGAGGAGGAAGCGGAUGGGGUCACUGAGGAGGAGGAUGAGGUGGAGGAGGAGGAGGGGGAGGAAGAGGAGGAUUAUGAGGAAGAGGGGGUGCAGGAAGAGGAGGAGGAGGAGGAGGAAGAUGAGGAAGAGAAUGAGGAUUAUGAGGAAGAGGAGGAAGCAGAUGUGGACACUGAGGAGGAGGAGAAAGAAGAUGAUUAUGAGGAAGAGGGGAUGCAGGAUGAGGAGGAGGAGAUUUGA